AUGUUUAGUUCGCAUACAUUGAUCAGAUGCCUGUCCACUCAGGCUUGUGGUGCCCUAUCGGGUAUCAGAGUGCUUGACCUGACCCGGAUACUGGCCGGACCUUUCUGUACCCAACUAUUGGGCGAUUUGGGGGCUGAGGUCAUCAAAAUCGAGAGGCCGGGCACUGGCGACGACACGAGGGCGUGGGGCCCACCCUUUGUGGGGCCCGAGAUGUCCGCGUAUUUCAGCGUUGCCAUCGAUUUGAAGAAACCUAAGGGCAGAGAGCUAUUGCUAGAGUUGGCCCAGAAAUGUGAUAUAUUUGUCGAGAAUUAUAUCCCUGGUAAACUUAAAGAACUGGGUGUUGACUAUGACAGUGUCAAACAAAUAAACCCCAAAAUCAUAUACGCCUCCAUCACUGGGUUUGGGUCCAGUGGUCCGUACGCUAAGAGGGCUGGCAUUGACUUUAUUGCCAAUUCAAUCGGUGGUUUGCUUUCCAUCACCGGUCCAGAGGAUGGCGAGCCCUGUAGACCAGGUGUUGCCAUCACUGACCUCACAACAGCCCUCUAUACCAAAGGUGCCAUUUUGUCGGCGCUUUUCUAUCGGGAAAGAUAUGGAAAGGGAUGCAAAAUAGAUACCAACCUGUUGUCGAGUCAGGUCAGUGUCUUAACUACCGUCGCCUCAAAUUAUCUAAACUGCGGCCUCAAAGCCAAACGCCGGGGCACUGCCCACGAGAGUAUAGUUCCCUAUCAGGGGUUUAAGUGCAAGGACUCAAAGUACGUGACCGUCGGUGCCAUAAAUGAGCCGACGUUUAAAAAACUUUGUCAAUUGAUUGGUCUAACGGAUGCGCCAAAUGACCCCAGAUUUGUGACAAAUGCUAAACGAGUGGAGAAUCGGGAGGAACUCAUCCAAAUCAUUGGCGACAAAAUCCAAACCCAAACCCUUUCCCAUUGGCUUAAAGUGUUUGAAAAUUGUGGCUUUUCUUACGGACCUAUCAAUGAUAUCGACGAUGUCUUUGCCGACCAACAGGUCAUACAUAAUAACUGUGUGAUUGAGUUGGAGGGACACAAUGGCCUUAAAAUGAAGACAUUGGGACAUGCGGUCAGUUAUGACAACGAAUGCCAUGAUAUGCUGACCACUGAGUUCACAGCCCCUCCACUCUUGGGAGAACAUACCCGACAAGUACUGCAAUCGGUCCUCAAUUAUGAAGAUUCAAAAAUACAGAACUUUGUCGACCAAAAAGUUAUUCAAUGUUUAAAAUAA